CAAUUUGAAAUGUUAAGUGGUGGUAAAUCAAAACGCUGUUUUGAACUUUUGUUUUGAAAUGUAAGGUCCGUUCUGUCUUGGAGCAGGAAGACGAGCCUCACAAAAAUGGAGACCCAAACAGAGAGCGCUGUGCUUUCUCGAGCAGAGAGAAAAGCGCAGGAAAAAGCUAAACUUAUUCAGAAAGAGACUCAGAGAAAGACAGUUAAACUGGUGGCCAGAAUACUGAAGAAAUCUGAAUGUGAGCGAACUGAAGAGGAGUGUGCUCUGCUUCAGGGUCAUCAGGACACUGUUCAAGAGCUGGACAAGCGACAGAUCCGGAGAAACAUCCUGAAAAGGAAGCAAGAAGAGCUGUUUGACGAUGCUGAUGAUGUGAGAACUAAAGUGAAACAGCUGGUUGAAGCGAUAAGACAAGCCCAACAUGCUGUUAUCUACACAGGAGCCGGUAUCAGCACGGCUGCGUCCAUCCCCGAUUACCGCGGCCCAAACGGAGUAUGGACACAGCUUCAGAAAGGACGGAAUGUUGCGGCUUCUGAUCUCAGUGAUGCAGAACCAACUUUGACUCACAUGUGCAUCCAGAUGUUACAUAAAGCCAGAAUAGUUCAGCAUGUGGUGUCCCAGAACUGUGAUGGUCUCCACCUGCGCAGUGGCCUUCCCAGACACGCCCUCUCUGAGCUACAUGGGAAUAUGUUCAUAGAGGUGUGCCUCUCGUGCUCUCCGGCACGGGAAGUGAUCCGACUGUUUGAUGUAACGGAGCGCACUGCGAUGCACAGGCAUGGGACAGGUCGGAAGUGUCCGCACUGCGGUGGGGAGCUGAGGGACACUAUCGUGCAUUUCGGCGAGCGGGGCACACUAGAGCAGCCUCUGAACUGGAAAGGAGCUGCUGAGGCAGCACAGCAGGCAGACCUCAUCCUCUGCCUCGGCUCCAGUUUGAAGGUCCUGAAGAAGUAUGCUUGCUUGUGGUGCAUGAAAAGGCCAGCAGCUAAAAGACCAAAGCUAUACAUCGUCAACUUACAGUGGACACCAAAAGAUGAACUGGCCACUCUGAAAAUUCAUGGAAAAUGUGACGACAUAAUGAGGCUUCUAAUGGAACAGUUGGAUAUUAAAAUACCAAACUAUAACAGAACAGAGGACCCCAUCUUCAGUUUAGCAACACCCCUCAGACCAGAUGAAGAGCACAGUCACACUCGUAAAAUGCUAGUGCCCCCUGCUGCUUUGGUGGAUUCUGUGCCAAAUUCAAGCAGUAAAGCUGAAGAGAAUGUGAUAAAGGGUGGGUGGUUUGGACGAGGCUACACCAAAGCAAGGAAGAAAAGAAAAGCAACAUAGUGUACUGGUGUUUUUGCUUAAAUAAAAUAAUACAUUAGUUAUGUAACUAAUGCUUGGUCUAAUGAGACAAAUAGACUUCAUAACAACACUUGAUUGCAAAAAAAGUGGAAUGUUCCUAUGAGGGAAUAAAUCAUGGGUAUAAUCAUGGGUUUGAGUGGUAAGUGGUUUCAGUGUUAGCUGUUUGCACCUUGCUUUUGUCUUCUCAGGUAGUCAACCCAAGCAAUACAUGGCAGUUUUUCAAGACUGUAGUGAACAUGCAUGUAGACUUGGUUGGGGUAAUGAGAUUAAGUUAAAUUCAACCCAGUUUUAAAAAUUUCUGCAUAAAAACAUUAUGAUAACCACUGUCAAUGACUGUUUAUUGGUUUGAAAUGCUCCUUUCUAGAGAAACUUAAGUCAGAAUUCUUCAGUGGUGGUGAUAGGAACCAGAUGUCUAUCAGUUUAAUUCCUCUGAAAGCUACCUCACAGAGAUAAGGUUUUGGCCUAAAAUUGAUUUUUAAUACAUUAAUCAUAGGGUGUUGAGACAAAGUAGUACCCAAAAUAUUUUUUUCUGGAUUUACCACUAUAUUGCUAAUAUUACAUAUAAAAGCUGUUUACAUCAACAAUUGAUUAAUGCAGAAAUUUUGGAAAAAUUGUUGGAUGAAAUGAACAGAAUUAACUAUUAAUCUUAUUACAAGAUUUAUAGAAAACCUGAUGUGUUCCAUUAUUAUCAACAGUGUUGAUUAGUUAAAACUAACUUUGUUUUACUGACUCCUGCAGUGUAUAGUUUCAUAAUCUGAGCUCCUGCACAUCCGUUUGUUCCACUAAAGCUACUUUUGUGAAGCUACUUCAUUAAUAAUAUACAGCUUUGACUGUAACAGUGCCUUUUUUGGAAAGGAUGCUGUGUGACUGCUCAAUUAAAAAGAAGGCUAAAGUUGCCUCUGAAUCUUCUAGCUAAUCUAAUGGCAGAUUUAACUUAAUAACUCCAGCACUGCUUACAGUAUUGAUGUUUACAUGAGCUCAGUUUGCAGGAAGGAUGAAAAUGAUGUAUUAUGUUACUGACCACACCUGUGGAAGAAUUUCACUGAUCCUCAAAGAAAUGAGAAUUGUAUUAAAUCUGUCUUCCCAUGUUCACUUUAACAUAGCUUACUAAGAUUAAUAUUUGAAUAGUGUACAAAAAGAUGUUUAACCCAGAGAGGGUUUUGCUUUAACCUACCUCCUGCAGUCUGUUUCACAUUUAAAACAGAAGACUGAAGUAGGACUGACCUACACAUUUAUUCUAAUAGUUUCUGGUGAGUUUGUAGGUCUUUAUGUUGCGCUUCUUGUUGGUUUAUUGUAAAUGUUUAAAUGGAUAUUUUGUAAGUCUUGAAUUUCUAUUGUAAAACCUGUCACUUAAAAGUUGGUGUCAGUUUGUUCAGUGUGAAUAAAUAAAAAAAAAGUUUUUAAAACAGUC